AUGAACAGCGACCAGAUCAAGGGUACCGCCAAGGACAUCGCCGGCAAGGCACAGCGCAAGCUGGGCGAAGCCAUCGGCAGCACCGAGCAGCAGAUCAAGGGUGCCGCGACGCAAGCCGAAGGCAAGGUCCAGAAGGCCGUGGGCGCCGCCCGAACUCGGCGUUCGGGCGGCUUUUCAUCCGACCCGUUGGAGAACCGAUAUGACUGCCCGUCCUUCCCUGCAGCAGCGCAGCAACCGCAUUCGCCUUGCCACCUCGGCAGGCGUCAUCAGCCUGGCCGUUCUGAUGGCCGGCUGCUCGUCGAUGAGCGAGCGUGA